UUAACAGUCUCCUGUCAGUCACAGUAAUUUCUGUACAGAAUUACCUGUUUAUUUUUAUUACAUCAAAUAACAGUGCUGUUGAAAUUUCCUUCCCGACUUCGCUGUGAAAGAACCCACGAAAGUCAAUGUAUUUUUCUGAAGAUUGACAACAUCCGGGACAGAGCGAACAGACUGUUUGAACACUGAAGACCAUGGGGAACUCAACUGAGGUCACCUUCUUCAUUUUGGCAGCCUAUGGGGAUCUUGGAAAAAUGAAAUAUUUUUAUUUCAGCUUAGUGCUUUUUUUGAAUCUCACAAUUAUUUUGACAAACGUUACUCUUAUUUCAUUGAUAUUUGUGGAUAGGAGCCUACAUGAACCCAUGUAUAUGUUCAUGGGAAAUUUAUUUAUCAAUGAAUUGUAUGGAAGCACUGCCUUGUUUCCCAUGCUAUUAUUACAUAUUUUAUCAGACACUCAUGAAAUUUCCAGAGCUUUUUGUGUUUUACAGUGUUUUGGCUUGCACACAUAUGCAUCAAUAGAAUUGUGUAAUUUUGCUAUUAUGGCUUAUGACAGGUAUUUGUCCAUCUGUCAUCCAUUACAUUACAGCAGUAGGAUGACUUCUUGCAAAGUAUGCUCAUUAGUUGUGUUCAUCUGGGUUUCUUCAUUCAUCGGAUAUGUAAUUACUCUGUCCUUACAAUUACGGUUACCAUUGUGUGGGAAUAUCAUCCAAAAAGUGUGUUGUGCCAACUAUUAUUUGGUGAAACUUUCUUGCAUAGACACAACGAUAAACAACAUCUAUGGACUUUUCAAUACAUUUCUGAGUGUAGUCCUCCCUUUUAUCCUCAUAUUAUAUUCCUAUGCAAACAUUUUAAUAAUCUGUUAUAAAUCAGCCAAAGAGACUCAGGGCAAAGCUUUGAAUACAUGCGUUCCCCAAGUAAUAUUACUUGUGAACUUUGCUGUUUCUGCUACCUUUGAAGUUGUGCAAAGCCGAUUUGACAUGACACACGUUCCCCAAUUCACUCGGAAUGCUUUGACGGUGUAUCUUCUGGCAUGUCCUCAGCUCUUUAAUCCAAUCAUGUAUGGAGUCAGGCUGACAAAAAUAAGGACCGCUUUGAAAAGCAGGUUUUUUCAGCUAACGCAAAAUAAAGAUUUAUGAGCAUUGUUUCUACGCUUCUGGGCCGUUUGUUAUUCAUGAAACAAUAGGCACAAAAAUGUGUCAAGAUGGAUGAUGCAAAAACAUCUGUAUAUGGUCUGUACACUGAUUUACUUUUUUAAUGGAACAAAAAAAAAACUAGGAGGU